AUGUCUCGAUUAGGUUUGAAACAUUUUUCCCCCGAAUCUUUCGAUGAGGGUUCGGCCUGCAGGCAGGCCUUGGGCAUGUCGCCGCGUCAGACCGCUCUCUGCCUAGCUGCCCUGGACACAAUGCCCCAUGUGGCCAGAGCGGCCCACUUGACAUUGGAAGCCUGCUCUACACUUUUGGAGGAUAGGAGAUGGAAUUGCUCCAGUGCUCUUAAUGCUCCUGUUCUAGGACCUGAUCUUGCUAGAGGUACAAGGGAGCAGGCAUUCAUGUACGCCCUAGGUUCAGCAGCAGUUACAUUAGCCAUAGCUCGUGCCUGCGCCGCAGGAGAGCUUUUCCACUGCUCCUGUGCACCACCUCCAGGUGAACCACCAGGUGGUAAUUUUAAAUGGGGCGGUUGUUCUGACAAUGUUCGUUGGGGAUCUUUGUUUGCCAAAAGAUUUUUAGAUGCCACGGAAAGAACUCAUGUUACUGCAAGUGUUCUUCAUGAAAGAAGAAGACGUCGGAGGAGGAGGCAGAGGAAGUUGAAAGAUGGUAAAUCUACGCCGUUUAAAGACAAAUUUGGCAAAAUGACUGAUGAGGAAACUGCUGCCCAAAAUAAAUUGUUCGACCAAGCAACUAAAAAUGCUAAUAAUAAAACGAUCGCCAAAAAACGAAAAUUACAAGCAGAUCCCGACAUGAUCAAAUUUCACACAAGGCUAGCUGCAAUGAAUCUUCAUAACAACAGAAUAGGCCGAAAAGUUGUUCAACAAUCCCAAGCAAUUACUUGUAAAUGCAUGGAGUGUCCGGUUCUUGUAGUGUGA